AUGAGAAGACGUGCAGGAGUCGGUGCUAUACAAAAGCAACAAUUAGAACGAGAAAAGUAUAGAGAAAAAGGAUCGGAAAUACAAGAGAAUCAAUUUUUGCAAAUGCAAAAGCAAUUAGAGGUCUUCAGAGAGAACCUUGAAGAAUUCGCAACCAAGCAUAAAAAUGAAAUAAAAAAGAACUCGGAGUUCAGAAAGCAAUUUCAAGAGAUGUGUGCUGCAAUUGGUGUAGAUCCUUUGUCGUCAGGGAAAGGGUUUUGGUCAGUGCUAGGAAUUGGUGACUUUUACUACGAACUUGGAGUGCAGAUUGUCGAAGUGUGUUUAGCAACAAACUAUAAAAAUGGUGGUCUUAUAACCUUAGAAGAGCUGAGAACAAGAUUAAUAGCGGCAAGGGGCAAAGCAAAGAAACACCAAGAUAUCACUAAUGAAGACUUGUUGGCUGCUGUCAAGAAGCUGAAGAUAUUUGGCAAUGGAUUUACGGUAAUAUCAAUUGGAAAGGGCAAAUGGCUAGUGCAAUCUAUACCAGGGGAGCUGAAUCUAGAUCAAACACUCGUCUUACAGAAAGCAAGUUCUUUGGGAACAGCUUGGAUUUCUAUAAGUAUGCUAACAGGCGAUUUGGGAUGGAAUGAAACAAGAGCAGAAAAUGCUUUAAACCACUUAGUAAAAGAAGGUCUAGCUUGGGUCGACUCACAGGAUCCAAAAGAAACUCUAUACUGGUUUCCUAGUAUGUUUUCGGAUUGUGUUGCUGCUGCUGCCUCAUGA